UUAUCAAGACUUUAGAUAGCUAGUUACAGACCAACACUCGUUCAUAAAUGUGCUUGCAAGUUGAUCUGGCUGGUCCAAUUGGACGGCCUUUCAAUGGCGUGAUACAUGUUACAGUCAGGACACUGGCUAUUAGGAGAGAUAUAUGAGAGGAAAGAAUAGAACUAGAUAGAUCUGUUGCCGAACUCGGCGGAGCCCAUGAGGCCUUGCGGGGUCUGGGAUAGGGUUGAAUCAACCGAAGGGCGGACGGAAAGUAUUGUACCUGAACAGUUCUUAGCUGGAGCAGCCCAUCAGUCAGCUUUCGAGCUCUCCCCUCCUUUUACACAUCGAUGGCAAGCUCUCCCUGAAUUUAGUCCUUUUAAACCCGGCCAUUGAGCCUCUAUUUCCAGCUUUCCUUCAACUUCAGCGAAUCACGGUGUUCGGUCGCCAUGGAAUCAGUCACUGCCCGGGCUGACCAAGAUGGAGAUGCCAACUGUUCGGUUGCGUUUCUUGGGCCUUUGAGCUCUUAUUCACACCAGGCCACAAAGCUUGCCUUUCCCGAUCCAAAAUGGGUGCUGGAACCAACGGGGACAAUCAAAGAAGUCUUUGACCGCGUCCAAUCAGCAAGCAUCACCACCACCACCGGCCACUACUACGGCGUGGUGCCCUUUGAGAACUCAACCCACGGCACCGUCACCUUUACCCUCGACUGCCUGGCCGACCGCGCCAACGAGUACCCGGACAUUGUAGUCUGUGACGAGGUCUACCUGGACGUGCAUCACUUUCUGCUCGGGCGAUUUCCCCCUUCCCCUUCCCCUUCCCGUUCCCCAUCCACUGUCCCUCAACUUUCUUCUUCUCCUUCUGCUCCCCGAGCUCAACCCUUGGUCCCGCUGUCUCACAUCCGGCGUGUGUAUUCCCACCCGCAGGCGUUUGGCCAGACGGCCGCGUUUGUGGGGCGUUACCUGAAAGGAGUUGAGACCAUUGAGGUCAGCUCGACCAGCCGCGCCGCUGAGCUGGCGGCGGCUGAUGAGACGGGUGCUAGUGCUGCUAUUGCGGGAGAAAUGGCUGGCAGGGAAAAGGGGCUGGAUAUCCUGGCGAGGUGCAUAGAGGAUAGGGAGGAUAAUACGACGCGGUUUUUUGUUUUGCGGCGGGGGCGGAUGGUAGAGAAGAAGAUUACGCCCGGCAAGAUUGCUGUUUAUGAGCCGCCGCCGCGAGGGGAUGUUGGUGUUGGUGGUGGUGGUGAUGGGGAUCCAUAUGGCGGGCAAAGGUACAAGACGCUGGUGUCGUUCACUGUGGUGCACGGCAGGCCGGGUGCACUGGCGGAUGUGUUGGACUGCUUUAGGGGGAGGGGGCUGAACUUGACGAGUAUCAACAGCCUGCCGAGCUUGGUCAGGUCGUUUCAGUACCUGUUCUUUGUCGAGUUUGAGGGCAGCAGGUUUGACGAUCCCGAUUGCAGGGUCGACGGGGUGUUUGAGGAUCUUGAGAGGGUUACGGAACGGUGGAGGUGGUUGGGGAGCUGGUGGAAUCGGAUGGGGAAUAGGUGAGAACGGCAGAAGAUGGACUUGUGGCUAGGGGUAUACUACUGCUAUGGCUGACCUGAAGUAUAAAAGAAUUAGCGUCUGUUUACCACCGAUUGCCACGCCAAAGCGAAUACUUCAUUACCUACUCAUCUGUCAAGGCCAACCCCCCUGAACUGGCGCCAACCCUAACCCUCCCACGAUGAAACUACGAUAGAGUUCAUAUUGCGAAGCUAAACAAGAUCAUACUUCACGA